CAGCCUCACAACAACUCAAAUUUGCAGAAAAUGUCAGGAGAGGAAGUCUUAUCAUCCAACGAAGAACAAUAUGAUAUAUCUCAUCCUCCAUUUGGUAACAAAAGUGGCUAUAAUUCAAGGACAGGCAUCUACCACUCUCUAGUUAAGCUUCAAACUAAGCAUGAAAUCCCAACAAAGCCAGACCUCAACACUGCCCAUUUUGUGCUGUCACAGUUCCCACAAGCACACCUUGCUGUGGCAAAAACUGCAUUCAUUGAUGCAAGAACUAAUCUGAGAGUUAGCUAUAGUGAGCUGAGAAGGUCUACCUACUCCCUUGCAUCAGCUUUGUUCCAUGGACUUGAGGUUAGGAAAGGUGAUGUGGUUUUUUUAUUGUCACCAAACUCAACCUUGUAUUCAGCCAUAUGUCUAGCUGUGUUAUCCGUUGGAGCAGUUCUGACCACUGCCAACCCCAUCAACACUGCAUCAGAAAUUGCGAAACAAGUGCGUGAUUCAGGUGCUAAACUAGCCAUCUCAGCACCAGAGGAGCUGCACAAAUUGGUCCCAACUGGGGUUCCUACAAUUCUCACUUGUCGUUCUUCUGCUGGCAGAAUGUUAUCCGUUGAAGAGUUAAUAGAAGGUUGUCAUGAUUCAAGCGAGUUGCCUCAAGUUCCUGUGGCACAGUCAGACACUGCUGCUAUAUUUUACUCUUCAGGGACCACGGGAAUAAGCAAAGGUGUGGUUUUAACUCAUGCAAAUCUCAUUUCCAUAAUGAGAUUGAUUUUCUGGUCUGCUGAUGUCAGUGGAUCCCGAGAUGAUAUUUUCUUGGCCUUCAUUCCAAUGUUUCACAUCUAUGGAUUUGUAUUCUUUGGAUUAGGAUUGUUGUGUGCUGGUAUAACAACAGUUUUGAUGCAGAAGUUUGACUUCCAAGAUAUGCUUGAUGCAAUCCAGAAGCACAAGGUUAACAACGUGCCAGCAGUGCCACCAGUGAUUCUUGCGCUAGUGAAGUAUUCAAGGAAAGCUAGGUGUGACUUGUCCAGCGUAAGAAGAAUGGGGACAGGUGCUGCACCUUUGAGCAAGGAAGUGGCACAGGAGUUCAGGAAAAUGUUUCCAUGGGUUGAACUAAGGCAAGGUUAUGGACUAACAGAAAGUAGUGGUGGAGCAACAUUUUUUGUCUCAGAUAAAGAUGCUAAAGCUCAUCCAGAUUCAUGUGGGAAGCUGAUUCCAACAUUUUCUGCAAAAGUUAUAGACACUGAAACGGGGAAGCCUUUGCCCCCUAACAAAGAAGGAGAGUUGUGGUUAAAAAGUCCUACUAUUAUGAAAGGAUAUCUGGGAAAUUUGGAGGCAACAAGUUCAACAAUCGAUUCAGAAGGUUGGUUGAGAACUGGUGAUCUUAGUUACAUUGAUGAUAAUGGAUUUGUUCACAUAGUUGAACGGAUAAAAGAGCUAAUCAAGCACAACGGGUAUCAGGUGGCUCCUGCAGAACUGGAGUCUGUGCUGCUAAGUCACCCUCUUAUAGCUGAUGCAGCAGUUAUACCGUUGGAAGAUGAAGAAACUGGACAGAUACCAAUGGCAUAUGUGGUGAGAGCAGCUGGUUCUGAACUCUCAGAAGACCAAAUCAUUCAAUUUGUUGCAGGCCAGGUGGCUCCAUAUAAGAAAGUGAGAAAGGUGAGUUUCAUUGACACUAUUCCAAAGUCAGCUGCUGGCAAGAUAUUGCGGAAGGAUCUUGUUUCACAAAGCAAAUUUCAACCUGUCUCCAAGCUAUGAAGAACAAGUAGAAGUGAUAGUGUCCCAGAAUGUUUCACUGUUUUUUAGGAUAUCAAAUUGUUUGUCCUAUAUUUACUCGUGCAGGCUGAGUGGAUAUUUAAUGUUUGUAAAACUAGUAUAAACGGACUUGGCAUAGAGGAAGAGAAGAACACAGUGAAUCAGAAUUCAUCUUCGAGACUCCAAAUAGAUAUUUCUUAAUAAAGAAUAUUGUCCGUGGUUUUUAUCUCAGUGAG